AGAUGGUCUGCAAUGCUGACUGUGUGAUCAGCAAUGUUGUGGCAAAAUGGCCUGGCUCAGUCCAUGACUCCAGAAUCUUUCGGGCCUCUGAAAUCUAUCAGUGCCUAUCACAAGGUGAAUUCUCUGGUGUGUUGCUGGGAGACAGGGGGUAUGGCUGCCAGCCUUUUCUCCUGACACCUUUCACAGACCCCCAGGAAGCACAGCAGGCCUACAACCAUGCCCAUGCCAGGACCAGAGCCAGAGUUGAAAUGACCUUUGGCCUCCUGAAGGCACGCUUUCACUGCCUUCACAAAUUAAGGGUCAACCCUGUUAGGGCAUGUGAUAUUACUGUGGCUUGUGCUGUCCUCCACAAUGUGGCCUGCCUGAGGAAGGAGAGGGCCCCCAGAGUGCCACCAGCCAUGGACUGGGACACUCUGGCAAUCUUCCCUGAUGACGACAGUGGUCGGCUGCUGAGGGACCAAUAUGUGUUGAAUUAUUUUAGUUAGUAUGUGUGCUUUCAAUUUAGGUAAAAGAUGUCCUGCUGUGGCAGAGGAAAUAGGGUUUUUUUGGGUUGGUUUUUUUACGAAUUUGGCCUCUUAUGAUGUUUGUGCGGUAUACUGUGUGUAAUACAAGGCUGCAGGGAGGCUACUGCAUCCAUUCAUUUGUCUGUUCAGUUGAUGUGUAUGGAUUUGUCCUGCAUUUAUUUUAGUGUGCAGACAUGCAGGGUGUGUUAUAUACAGACCUUUGAAAGUUGUAACAAGUAGAAUUGUGUACUGCGCCUUUAAGGUGGAACGCACUCUGUUACUCACUCACAGAGUGGGCAGUCGGAAUCAGGAGCGCGAGCUGUGAACAUCGCAUGUAUGCGUGAAAGGUCCGUUUUGUUUUUCUGUUGCUCUCAUCUUGUUUCUUUUGUUUAGUAACGCAGUUGUUAGUGGAGUGCUUUGCAAACUGCCAAUGUGUGCGAAUCGACGACGACGACAAUAAAUCACCACUGUGGAAUAUCCGUCACGUCUGUGAGUCUUUGCUUAUCACUUGCUACAACCAUUUA